CAUUUUUAAAGCUGUCUGUUGAAAUGAAUAAAGUCAAAACAGCACUGGUCACAUCUUUUCCUGAGAGCAUCCAGCAGGUGUUCCAUCAAAGAGCCCCACAGCUAAGUACAGUGCUUGUAGCAUCCUCUGUUGUGCUGGAUGGAAUUAAAUACUGUGCAGAUAUGAUGAUCUCAGUGGGUUCAUGCUCCGGUCUCCCUGAAUUUAAACGGAUUACUCAGAUUGUAGCCCUUAACUCUGAGAUUCUGUUUGUCUGUAAAAUAAUGACUGCAUGGUAUGUUGAACAUACUCGGUCUUAUGAAUUGUGUGGUGAGCAUGUCACUUCGUUUUGUGUGGUUGAGAUGUCUGAGCUUAAUGAUAUUUUCCCUCUUUCAGCUUAUGUUGUUAAUGGCAGGUUGAUGGUGACACCAAAGCGUUAUAUUCUUUGCUGAAUAACUUUUCAUUAUUUUGUUUUUCUUUUCCUUCUAGAUGGCUUGUCAUCAGAAGAUUGUUCUGAGGGUUUUUCUCACAGAAGGUGAUAUUAGGAAAGUCACCCUACUUGAGAAGCCUGCUUCAGUUGGUGAUUUGGUUGUCUGCCUUAAAGAAAUUUUAGAGCUCCAGUACAACUUUUCCCUACAAUUUGAAGAUCCGGAUUUUGACAGGGCACUUGUCAACCUAACAGACAUGUCAGAACUCCAAGACAAAGCAACCAUUCGAGUAAUCCCUAUGGUCGAUCUCAUGCCGGUUGAUGCAUGUGAGGUGUUGGACGACAGUGCAAGCACAGCAGAUACAGUGAUACUUCCCCCCUCAUCCCUGGACAGAACAAAACAAUGGCCAGAGACAUUUGAGAUACCAAACUUUCCAGUUGAUAUUGAGUAUCGUUUGCGACAAGGUAACCUGGUGUACAUGAAUGAUGGAACAUGCCUCAAAUUAACAAAGGAGCUAAAACAUGGAAUUCUAGAGAAACUGGCUGAAACUAUCUUCGAGUUCAAAGCCUACCCAAAUAAUAAUGAGUAUGAGCAGGUAGCGGCUGCCCUAAUAAUGAAGCAUCCUUGUCUUACGGAAAAGGGUUCGCACACCGGUUGGGCUGGAUGGAAAAACAGCUUAAAAUUUAAACUAGGAAAUUACAGAACAAAGCGUCGAAAGGCAGGGUGUCCUGAUGUGUCUGUGAAUGGAGGGAAGCGUAGUUUGAAUCACCCAGACCUUGAACCAUCAAGAAAAAACAUAAAGAAGCCAAAGAAAUGUGAACUGAAUUUCCUGCCAAGCUUUCCAGAGGGGCAUGAUCACUCCAGCCUUGAAGCAGCACGUAAAGUGUUGUUAGAUGAGAUGCAAAAGAGGACACCAAACGCAUCAGUUUUGAAACAAAAAAUGGAUUUGACAUUUGCUUUGAGACGCAAAGAAGUGGUGGAGUCAAAGCCUGUCAUCAGAGAUGUUGUUGAGCGCUGGCCUGCACUCUUCCUGGAGAAUCAGGUGAGUUCCAUCACUAUGUACUUUCAUUACACUGUACUGUUUAUUAUUUUUAAUGUAAAUCUGUAUAGCUUUCAAAAACAAAAUUGAGACUGAUGUGCCAAAAGUAAUGGAAUAGGAACUAGUAUCAUGUAGAACCCCAUCUAGAGCAUCUAGGAUGAGUCUAGACCAGUGGACCCAGUCCAGGCCAUGAGGCAUGACACAACACACCUCACACCUAGAUGGAACAACUGCCAGUCUGCACAGUGACUCGUUGAUAACUGGUGUAAAUGGCUUUAUGGGGUCUGUGCCACACAAGAACCCUCUCAUCAGUCCCAAACAAUUGGUACCAUGACUCAUCGGACAAUGCCACAUGUAGUCCUCUAAGGUCCAGUUAGAAACCUCAUAAGCCCAGGUGAGGCCGUGUCCGGUAUUGUGGUGUUAACAGAGAUACUGUCGUAGGUCUUCUGCUCCCAUAUCCCAGGAAAGCUAAUGAGAGCUGUUCUGACCUGUGCCCCACAACUUUGGAAAUGGAGAACACUGGCCAGUGUUCAACCUCACUUAUACAGCUGUCGCCUUUAUAAUCAACUUACAUACUGCUGUCCCAUGACAUGUGACAUGUCUGUGUACUUUAUUGUGUUGACUUUAAGUAAUGUUUACAAAUUGUAAGGCAUAAUCAUCUUUCUCUAACAUUUCUCUAGCAUUUUCUUUUACUGCAUUUUGUUUUUUUUAGAUCUACAUGGAGUUCACCAGGAUCGCUGGCAAGAAUCUGAAACAGGACUUCUACAACAGCCUUGACAAAUAUAGUGCUCGUCUCCUGGACAUUUUUAGGGCUAAAAGAGGACUUGCUGGACAACUAAUGUCAGAUUUCUUACAGCAAAUCAAUGCACUGCAUCCAACUGAGGUACGUACCCUUAUACUCAGAGGUCUCCCAGUCAUCCUUGGAGAUGAUCCCCUCACUUUCUUCAAAGCAU